AGAAGAGCAAAUGAUUGAUCUUCAGAACUCCAGCAGUGGAGGAGGACCUCCUGUCCUAAACCCUGAUUGAUUCCGGUGCCGAGGGGAACUUUAUACACGAGCAGCUGACCAGACAACUCCAGAUUCCGUUCGAACCAUUGGAAAAUCCUAUGAGACUGUCUGCGGUGGAUGGGACCCCAGUUGGCCGAGGAGCUGUUUCCCACACCACCACUCCUGUCAAGCUCAACGUCAGCGCUCUGCACUCAGAAGAGAUCAGAAUAAACAACCAGGAUAUUUAAUUAAGAACAGUGUUAAACUGCUGAAAGAGGUGAAGCACAAGCCAUCCAGAAGAAUCUCCUGAAAACGCAGAAAUUGUUUGCUACAUUUCACAGACAGAUGGAGCCAAGUCCCAACAUGGAGAAACAUCAGCACUCUGUCAAGAGUUUUACUAAACAGAGUGAUCUCAAAAAACACCAGCGCAUUCACACAGGAGAGAAACCGUAUCACUGCUCAGACUGUGGGAAGAGUUUUAAUCAACAGAGUAAUCUCAAAAGACACCAGCGCAUUCACACAGGAGAGAAACCGUAUCACUGCUCAGACUGUGGGAAGAGUUUUAAUCAACAGAGUACUCUCGAACUGCAUCAGCGCAUUCACACAGGAGAGAAACCGUAUUACUGUUUCGACUGUGGGAAGAGUUUUACUAAACAGAGUCAUCUCAAAAUACACCAGCGCAUUCACACAGGAGAGAAACCGUAUCACUGCUCAGACUGUGGGAAGAUUUUUACUACACAGAGUACUCUCAAAAUACACCAGCGAAUUCACACAGGAGAGAAACCGUAUCACUGCUCAGACUGUGUGAAGAGUUUUAAUCAACAGAGUACUCUCAAAAUACACCAGCGAAUUCACACAGGAGAGAAACCGUAUCACUGCUCAGACUGUGGGAAGAGUUUUACUGAACAGAGUAAUCUCAAAAAUCACCAGCGCAUUCACACAGGAGAGAAACCGUAUCACUGUUCAGACUGUGGAAAGAGUUUUACUAAACAGAGUACUCUCAAAAAACACCAGUGCAUUCACACAGGAGAGAAACCAUAUCACUGUUCAGACUGUGGGAAGAGUUUUACUUUACAGAGUGAACUUAUAUUACAUCAGUGCAUUCACAAAAGAUAGAAAAGUAUCCCAAAUCUGUUCCUCUUCCAUAAAAAAUGCAAACCUUAAAUCUUUCAGACAGCCAAAAACACCUCAUCAUGCACAAAAUCUUCACUCUGUUACAAGAACUUCAUUUAAAAAUGGCUUUUUACAGGUUCAGAAAAAUGAAUCUUAUCCAGAGAUGAUGUUUACUGAAUUUCAUGCUGUGUUUUUAUGUAUGUUUGUAUACCUACAUUAGUUAAUGCCUGCAGAGCUCUUCAACACUUAGUGUUGUGUUUUAAGAAGUUUUUACACACAGAAUCAUAAAUGGUACCACUAACAGCAUAAACUAGGAACAUACAUUUUUACAAUUUUUUCAGUGAUAUGCUGAAUAAAUAGUAAAGCGAUGAUGCUAGCUCAGAGUAAAAUCGUAUAUUAAAUCUCAGCAUUAGCUUUAGAACUAAUAAUAAACAAAAGUGAGGAUUUUACCAUUGUGGGACAUUUUUAGGUUUAAAAAUUGAAUAUGCUUUGCCAUAAGUAGGAAAUGAUCAUUUGGUCAACUUAUGUCAUUUACAGCCUUAACACAUUCUCAAUUGUUUACAUAUAAAAACUUUCUUUAUUUUUUCCUCCACUCCACGUUUGUAGUUUGUAGUUGGAGCGAGGGCACUGCCAGUGUUUGCUCCAGAUGUUAGAUUAGCAUUACUUAGUCUUUUAAAAUUUAGAUGUCAUAGUUUAAAGGAGUAGAGUAUUCUUAGGAGUAGAGAAUAUUCUUAGCUUGCAACAAAAGGCCAACAAAAUCCUUUUCAGAGUUAAAAAAAAAAAAAAAGCUAGCUGUAGUUUCCAUACUGAAAGCAACACUCAGCAGGCUAUGCUGCAGUAAGACUGCAGGAUCCUUGAUUCCCUCUAGCUUGUAAGAUCUUAGUGUCUAUAAUAAAUAGGUCAGAAGCGUUCUUUGACUACAUUUCCCACAGUGCUUGUCGAUUGUAUUACCCGCGAAGUUACGGCUUACUGCCACUACACGGCAGUGUAGUCAUUGAUGUGGAAACCCUGCCGGAGGGAAGGCGUAACUUCGCGGGUGGAAUUGAGACAUACAAACGUUUAUCCCAUAAUGUCCAGAAAAAGAGAAGCUGAUGCAGACGGACGGCUGUGCUUCAAGGCGAAAGACCGGUAUGCCUUUUGUGUUACGAAGAGUGUUACUGACCAAAAUAAACACUUGUUAGGAGAGAUAUAAGUUCUGUGUAAAUAUUUAUAAGACAAUAGCUGACAAAAUCUGUUUUAAUGAUGUUAAUAAACAUCACUGUGACAGUGCUAGUCGCAGUUUCACCGCAGCAAAGGACGAGGACGUGAAUCACUUACCUAACCAGCCUUUACUGAUUUCUGCCCCCAAUAACCCUUUCAAUAACCUCCAAUAGACUUUAAUUAGUCUUCAGUAGCCUUCAACAGUCUAACCUUGCAGCCGUGGUGUGUUCACUAAACUCCGUAGUUAUAAACAUCCUGAGGUUAGCAGCGCGCUAACUGACCUGUUUAUAAUGUAAUCCGAGCAGUGACUCCGUGACGGCUGCUCUAAACUGCUGCUGUUAGCUGCUUGGGCUGAAAGAUGAACUGUAGAGAGCUGUAUUAUUCGGUUAGUGGGGUUAAAAUCUUUAUUUUCUACACAGAAGAAUUUUAAAAACUGUAAAAACGCUCCAGACUGCCUCAGCUGAGCCCUGUAGCCCGUGGCUGGACUGUAGCUCUGACUCAGUAAAGACUGCGGGCUUGUGCUGCUGCUGCUGCUGCAGCUCCGACUAGUGGUUGUAUGAGGAACUGCUAAAUCUGAGGAAAUGCUAAAUCUGUCACAUGUUCUUAACAGCUCACUAUUUUUAAUUUAUAUUUAUUAAGCCUUAUUUCAGUAUCAAACGUUUUGAUCAAAGUUAAUGUAACUUGUAUUUUAUGUCAUUCCUAUUCACUUGAAUAGUUUGGUUCUUGAUUGAUGGAGUUUUUGGAUUUCAUAACAUGACAAAUUAAAUUAAGUGUGUAAGAAUACGGAGGAGUUUUGCUUUACUAUGUUCAUUGUUCAUUGAUUAAAGGGUUAAUCUGUGUGUAACUAAAUCAGCAUUUCACUUAAUCAGUAUGUUAUUCAAGCAUUUAGCACGAUUCAUGAUGAUUCACAUUGUGACUUAGAAUGUAUGUAUAUUGUGUCCUUGUGCUCAAAGCAAGGCCGUUUUUCUUGCAACUUAGCAUGAUUGAUUUUUUCCAGCGGAACCAUGAGUUUCUGUACAUGUAAUCUAUAGUCUGAUAAGGUUGGGGUGACCGAGUUCUCGGCUGACGUAUAGGAUGAAUAACUGCUUAUCAGUAUCAGGAUCCGGGGGGUGUGAGGAGCCUCCUCACACACUAUUAGACUGAGGCCAGGCGAAUGCCUGUUUUUAUUAGACUCUGUCUAGGAAGAAGAGUAGAGUUGGGCGGGAGAGCUUCUCCCGAGAGGGACUACAGAGCCACAGGUCCUGUUCACACAGCCGAGAACUCUGGAAACCCCAACUUUUCUCACCUUUGGGUUUUCCUCUUAUUUUCACCUUUUUAUUUCAAUUCAAUUUUUCAAUAAUCUUUUUACUCAAUUUUUGAUGUAUCCAAAAAAACUGUUUUGCUCAGAAGAUUCUUUGAAUAAAAUCUGAUGGAACUACAAUUUUGGACUGGAUCUCCUUUUCUUCUUUAUGACGUAUCAUGCCAGAUACAUCAUAAUUCGAACAGUAGAUCAAUAAUCUUUCAAUCGUGAAGUGGAACGAAAUUUAUUGGAUACACAUUAUGUUGAGAUACUCAGUAUUUUGAGAACAUUGGUAUUUAACUUGUGUGAAACUGACACCAAUAAAUCCAUAACUCCUGCUAUUUACUUACAUAGAAGUGUUUUUUUUCUCAGUAGCUCAGUCGCUGUGAAGUGUGGAGAAUAGUUUUGCAAUAUAUUGAUUAUCGCUGAAUCACAGUUUUGAGAUAUCACCG